UAUGUAUUCUGCAGAAAUGCGCCCAAGUCCAAAUAUCGAGCUCCUCCCUUCACCCAGCCACGAUGAUGGUGUGACUAGCUGUGAUGCAUGGAUCGAUAUACGUGGUCCAGGUUCUCUUCUUCACCAUACUUGUCCCUGGACAUCCCCCAUUCACCAAUACAUCUUGGCCUGUCAUUGAUGGGUGUAGCACAAUGUAUCCUUGUAUCAAGUGUCAGUGUCAAUGAAGGGCAAGUCGGAAGUAGCUCCGUCUUGACCGCCUGCCAUCAGCUGUCCGAAGAGCACUGCCCAACCCGACAGCUGGUCGGAGAAAAAGAGAGUCAGAGACCGAAACAGUUUCAGUUCCAGUUCCAAUUCUCUCCGAUUCGGCACAAGAAUUCCAUUAUCGGAAAUUCCAGGGUGCCGCAAUUUCGCAUCCUCUCGCACAAGAGCUGCAACUGAACUGCACUGCGCAAAAUCCCCCAAGACAUGGCCGAAUCCAGCAUCUGGCGGCUUCGCUGGAACAGGGCCAUUGCUCAGGGGGCCGGAUACCUGCUUGUCGCCAUCAUCUGCCUGGCGAGCGAGCUGCUGAUUUGGGUCCUGAGCCGGACGCUGGCGGCGGCGAGGCUGGAGUUCUUCUCGACCAUUGUGGGCAUGGCGGUGCU